AUGUCUGUGCUAAACAACUUUACGGUGUCCGUUGCAAAAGGACUGAGACGUCUAAGACAGAAGCAAGAACUUCGCGAGUUGACGCCCAAUGGGUCCAGAAAGAAAACCAGUUCGUCUGGUAAGGAGAAGGUUAAACUCAACAUGGAGAAGUGUCUCAUCGUGUCCAAAGUUACCCGAUAUGAGUAUGAAAAACACUGCCAUGAUAAUAUCUGUGAUAUUGAGUUGGAGAAGAUACUCCGCAAACGAGGGUCAGACUACGAGGCUAUGAUGGAGACGCACCUGCGACAGAAGGCAUUCGAGGAAAAUGUAGCCAGCAGUCUCAAAAAGAUAGGACUCAAGGUUGAAAUGGCCAGCAGAUUAACAUAUAACGAUGAUUUAAUAAACUGGUGCGAUGUGGUGAUGCCCUGUGGCGGUGAUGGCACUUUUCUUCUAGCUGCUUCUAGAGUCAGAGAUGCUAAUAAACCUGUCAUUGGCUUCAACAGCGCCCCACAUAAGUCUGUUGGACGGCUCUGCCUACCGACUUGGUGUUCCAACGAUGUUAAGGGCGCGUUCCAGGCAUUAAAAGAGGGCCGGUUCUCAUGGAUGAGGCGUUCGAGGAUACGCACCACGAUCACCAGCGAAGCCAAGUUAUUGGACAGCAUCACACCUAUCGACCUGCACGCACUGAGUUAUUGCAGAUAUCCACCAGUUCGACAUGCUCAUGAAGGAGCUGAGGCAGACAAUAUGGAUCUUUCGUGCAAGGUAACUGAAGGUUGCGAGCUUGCAACUAAAGUUCUGCCGCACUUGGCAUUAAAUGAGGUUUUCAUAGGUGAGAGUGUGACGUCACGAGUAUCCCUCCUCCGGCUACAGAUCGACAACGGCGCGUGGACGCACACCAAGAGCUCCGGCCUCUGCGUCACCACCGGCACCGGCAGCACAUCCUGGCACUUCAGUAUAAACUGUCUCCGCACCCACUCAGUGCAGGAGCUGAUGAAUAUACUAUCGAAGGAGUGCGGACUCCCACUCGACACGUCGUUGGAGAAAGCAAGAGAGAUUACAGAGAAAUAUAACCAGAAACUCAUGUUUUCACCAGAUUCCGAGCAGAUGGCUUAUUCAGUUCGUGAAUAUAUAACCUUUGAGGAAUGGCCUACCCCCCGGGGCCUCAGGGUCAGGGACAAGGCGACCGCUGUCAAGGUCAAGUCACAUUGCACUGAUGCAGGUCUAGUAUUAGAUGGCAGCGUUUCCUUCCCCUUCAACGACGGCACAGAGGCCGUGUUAGAAAUACAGCCGGAAGACUCAUUGAUGACUGUGCAUAUGGACGAUAAGUUACCCUAUUAA